AUGAAUGAGGCCGAAUUUGUCAAAGUUUUUGCAAAUUCUGCUUCAUUACCAUCCUCGUCCGCUAGUUCGUCUGAUGAUGAACCGGAAGCAGAAAACAACUCGGAGUCGGAUGAUAUGUAUUGCAAUACAGCAGAAAAGCUUCUUGAUACUUUGGUCGUCAUUCUUGCAGAUCUUCCUGUGAAGCUAGCAGCAUCUCAGAUAGUGCGGGGAGUUUUAACUCAGCGACAUCAACGUCAUGAUCAAUUCAAAUUGGAUUCUCCUGUCGAUUUGAUUCAUCCUAGUGAGAACACCAUGGCUAUCCACGUCGAAGCAGUCAAAUGCGUAAUUACAAUGCUCAGUUCUCAAUUGUACAAUGAUGCUGUAGUCAAUACUUCGGUCGUAUUUUCGUAUUUCAUCAGUGGUGCCUGUAGCAAGCGAGCGGCUGUUUUGACGAAAACACUUCUAAGGAACUACUUGACUCACAAUAGCGAAUAUCAUCCAUUGAAGAAAAGUGAGAGAGGAAGUAUUGUGCUUGGAAUAGCUUCCUCAUUUUGGUCAAUGGUGCAAGCUGCUACCGGCGGCGAAGACGAUUCUGUGGAGAUUCAAGAAUAUCCUGUAACUCUUGGUAGUUUGAGCAUUCUUCUUCUCCUCAACUUAGCGUGUCAUCAUCCAGCUAAAGGAUGUAAUCCUUUCAAGGAAACGUUGGCGUUGUUUCAAAAUUCUCAAGGUAAUAGUUUUCUCUGGUUUUUUAAAAGUAUGAAUUGGCUGUCUUUUAGAGGUAUCUAGUC